CAAAGUUAUUUCAUUUCAUUUACAUCGUAAUUAAACAGCAUUUUGUACAGACACAGCCACACCAUAUUUGCUCUAUUUCCAUCCAUAUUAUACCCACAAGCCAUGGCAUCUUCUUCUCUUUCAGACAUCAUGCGCGACCACACCUCUGGGUCGCUCGACCACAAGCGAGCCUCAGAGCAACUGCGCAAAGACGCAAUCAAAGACAUUGGCGACCUCUGCGACACGGCCACCAGCUCGCUCUCUGCCCAACUUACCCGUGUGCUUUCGAACCAGCGUGAAAUCGAGUCGCUUUCCCGCGACUGCGCCCACCUCGUUCAACAGCACGUGCGCUCGACAGCUAAGUGGACCAAGCUGGUGGAUCAGUUCAACGCGUCAUUGAAGGAGCUCGGUGAUGUGCGCAACUGGGCCGAGAUUGUGCACUCGUCGCUUAAUCCUGCGAGUGCGAGUGCGAAUGCAAUGGGACAGCUUUCGCUUGGCGAUGAUUAGCCCAAUGUUUUAUCAUUCGGUCGGCAACACGUGAUCAUCUGCCCAUAGACACUCUGUGUGCAUGGGUUAUUGGCAGUGACCUAUUUGUUUUUAGAGCAUCGAAAAAAUUAAAUUUGCUAAAAAAAACCGAUCGACAU